ACUGAUGGUUCACGUCAUAAUGCUUUCUGUGGCAUAUUUGAAAGAUCCAUUUGGAUUGAAAACUAUUUUUUUGACAUCCAUAAUAUUGCACAUUAAUAACAGUUUAAUAAUACCGCCAAAUUCCUAUAAAUUAAUAACUACUGAAAUGUUAUCUACUUAUUUAAACAAAACGUUUGGCUCCGAACAGCAUUGUUUACGUAUAUUAGUAGAAGGCACUCAAAAAUCGGCAAUUGACAAUAUUGACAUAUUGUCUACUUUAUAUCGUGUUUCAUCCAAUAUGUCAACACCUAGAAAUAUCGAAUUGAUCAUAAGUUAUAAUUACUCUAUGGUGAACUACACUAAAGGGAAUAAUCCAUGUGCAGCAAUUGUUGCCAUUGUUGGAAGUCAAAUAGGAGUUGAAUGGGCUAUGGAAGAAGUUCAACAUAAUUUUGCGGAAAGGAUGUUAUUGAUCGUAAACAUGCAAACUUGGAAAUACAAAUUUGAUCCUAAAUAUACACCAAAAUAUUUCAACUAUACUGACGUUAUAUUGAUAACAAUCGAUAAAGAGAAAGAGAGUGUUUUUCGAAUGGAUCUUUAUCACAAAAAAUUUAUUAAAAUUUCUAAAAAUCAGAAUAAAUGGUUUUUACAUAACAUUCAAGGAGAAGGAAAAGUUAAAAACUUUCACGAUGCACAAAUAAAACUUUAUGCAUUUAAUAAUUCUCUUUUCAAUACAGUUAAAAAAAACAAAAUAACAGGAGAAAGUGAAUUAGGUGAUGGCGUAGAAACACGUAUUUUUAAAGAAAUAGCCAAUAGGCUGAACGUUAAAGUGAAGUUGAUUUCGUCAAAUAGUGAAGAUCAUUGGAAUAAGAUGUGGCCGAAUAGAACGUGGGCACCAGGAACGAUUCAAAUGCUGUAUGAUAGGGAAGUUGAUGUCGCAUUUGGUGCGCUAUGGAUUCAAUAUAGUAAAAUUGGAUUCAUCGAAAUGUCUGAUUACUGGGGUUUUAUGUGUCUUAAGUUCCUAGUACCCAAACCAAUACCUUUGAGAAAUAAAUGGGACUUUUUGUUAAAGCCAUUCCCUUUCAGUUUAUGGUUAAUGUUAUUAGCAGCAACUUUAAUUAAUACAUUGACGUUAUGGAUGGCUGGUAUCGUUCAAAAAAAAAUUGGAUACAAAUAUAUCGAUAAGUUUACUACAUUAUCAUCUUCAAGUUUUUGGAUUUUGGGUUCAAUGCUUAUGACUAGUUACCCAAAACAAUUGCAUCACCUUGGUCCCAUACGACAUUUAAUAAAUUGGUGGUGUCUUUUUAUGUUUAUCAUAGCGACAGCGUUUUCCAGCGUUCUUUAUUCACACAUAACGUCUCCAGAAUACACUAGUUUAGUUUCAAGUAUUAAAGAUAUGAUAAACAAUGGAUAUACUUGGGGAUUACCUUAUCUACCAUUUUCUGAUCAAGAAGAAAUGGAGAAUCCAUGGCACAACAAGUUUAAUAAAAGUUUCAUCUUAGAAAAAAGUACAGCUGAUCGUAUUAACCGUUUGAAGCAUGGUAAGUAUGCAUUAUUAACAGAAUGCAUCAACGAAAAAUAUUUCAUGGAAUUGCAAAACGUACCUCCAUCGCUGUUAAGUGAUCUACGAACAAAGAGAACGUGCUUAAACAAUUUCUACCAUGGAAUAGGAUUUAGCAAACAUUCACCGUAUUUAAAAUCAGCUAAUCUUGUCAUAAGACAUCUAGUUGAAAGUGGUAUUAUAGAGUAUUGGUUCCAUCGUAUUAUAGAAAAAAAACUUCCCUUAACUACAUUUGAUCGUGUCUACGAACAAAAGCCUCAGAGUGAUCAAAACAAUGGUCCAUCAUCCCUCACAUAUUAUCAGUUAAGAGCUGUUAUAGCAGUAUGGUUAAUCGGCUGUAUUUUGUCAACUAUAGUUUUCAUCAUUGAAUACAAAUAUUUUACGAUAGUCCAGGGGCAUAUUUAGACAUUUUCAAAGAAAUAGAAAACAUCAUAAGUAUUCGUUUAUAAUAAAAUUUCUGGUUAAAAUUAUGAA